UUCUCUCUCUCGUUUGCUCGCUUGCUCACUGUCGCUGUCGAUGACUGACGAGGUUGGUGACGUCGGCCCGGCGGAGAACCGGGUGGAGGCGCUCAACACGGCCGGAGACGGCGGAGAAGGCGGAGAAGGCGACGGUGAAUCGCUCUUCUCAUGUGCAGGCGUUCUCCGCAUGAUUGUCAUCUACUUUAUUGUGACCUCUGUCCUCCAGAUGGUAACCCAGUCGCUCGCCCCGCCGCCGCCGCCGCUCGCCCUCGAUGGGAUCCCUUCCACCGACGCCGAGCUCCGACUGCCGGCGGUCCCGCUGCACAACGCCUGGGCCGAUGGCACGGCAUACGAGGUCAUGGUCUUUGUCGCAAGCUUUGGAGAUCCGUAUCCGGGCGAUGGCGGGCGAGUGGCGGAGAUGGUGACCAAGGAACAGCAUCUGGACGAGCUGGUGUGUAGCACAAAGGAGCAAUGCCAUGGCGUGGCGGGCUUGGUGUGGCGGGCGAGUGGUCUGGAGUACUCGUUUGAUGCGGGCAACGAGCGCAAGGCCAACGUGACGCUGGCGCUGGGCGCCGAGUGGCGGGUGGCCAACACCACGGCCUUUGCGCACAUCUUUGCAGUCAAGGCUGGAAGCGGCGUGGAUGCAAAAGCGCUGCAGGAUGGCGAUGCGAUCCAGGUCGUCUACCCGCUGGUCACCCACAAGCCACCGCCCAAGAUCGACGACAAGGUCUCGCUGCUGGCCGGCGGCGGAGACGAGUUCGGAGCUGAAGAAGUGGAGGCCGCGCGCGAGAGCGGGGCGGAUGAACUCGCGUGGGUUCCUUACUGGUCGCCGCAGCUCCCAAUCAACGUGGUUGUGGACCACACGGUGUACGGCUCGCUAGCAGCCGUGCCCGAGCCACUGCGGGUCAAGCUGCAAACGGUGCGCAACGACGAGGCGUACCUUCCUGCGGUUUUUGUCAACACCUUUUGGGUCCUCGACUCGUCGCGAGUGGUGAUCAACGAGAGCGUGGACGCAGUCCAGCUCGAGAUGUCCGUCGGCCCGCUCUCGCUCAUGUGGUGGCUCCUGGGUAGCCAGAUGGAGGAGUCGCUGGCGACGCAAAGUGCGCUGACCGGCGGCAGCUCGGCCGAUGGCGACAUGUUCAAGCGGAUUGUGCUCGAGACGAAUCCUUGGCUCUUGGCCACGACUGGUGUGGUCACCAUCCUGCACAUGCUCUUUGACUUUCUAGCCUUCAAGAAUGACAUCCAGCACUGGCGUGCCAAAAAGUCGAUGCGUGGCCUCUCGGUCAAGUCGAUCGGCAUCUCGCUUGUGUUCCAGAUUGUAAUUCUGCUGUAUCUGCUCGAGAACGACACGACGUGGAUGAUCCUCAUCUCGAUGGCUAUGGGCAUUGCCAUCGAGGCGUGGAAGCUGCAAAAGGCGCUGGUCUUCUCAUGGGAGCCGUCGCGGCCUUGGAUCCCGCUCCGUGUGACGGGCAAGGCGUCGUACGAGUCAGAGACCAAAAGUACGACGAUCUUGCCUUUGGCUACAUGGCGUACCUGCUGUACCCGGGCGUGAUCGGCUUUGCGGUUUACUCGCUCAUCUACAAGACGCAUCGGAGCUGGUACGCAUUUGUGCUCGGCACCGCAGUCUCGUUUGUCUACAUGUCUGGCUUUAUUUUAUGUGGCCGACAGUGUUCAUCAACUACAAGCUCAAGUCGGUGGCGCACCUGCCGUUCCGCAAGUUCAUGUACAAGGCGUUUUCGACGGUCAUCGACGACCUGUACGCCUUUGUCGUCCCCAUGCCGGGCAUGCACCGGCUGGCGUGCUUCCGCGACGACCUCAUCUUUGUCAUUCUCAUGGUCCAGCGGUGGAUGUACCCGGUUGACCACAACAGACACUUUGACGAGGAUCUCGGUGAUGCGGCCGAUGCCGCCGACGAUGCCGCUCCCGCGCCCGACGCCAAGACCAAGGUCGAGUAAGGCUGGCCUCUAGCCUUCCACUUAGUGCCGCACAGUCGCCGAGGCAGCUUGCUCGAGGAGCUUGAGCAAGGCAUCCUCGGUGGCGGCACGCUCGGCGCGCUCAGCGUCCAGCUGAUUCUGUAGCCGCGAGACGAGGUCGUCGGUCAUACGGAGGAGAGAUGCCUCGGACUCUUCGCGGGCACGGCGCUCCUCAGCGAUCGCGUCCUCCAAACUUGCAAUGCGUGCCGAGGCAGCGGCAGCAAGGGCGUCGGCCUCGCGAGCCCGAUCAGCCUUUUCAGUCUCCAGCGCCG